UCUUUACUCACUCCGUGGUCAUCGUCGCCGUCGCCUCAUAUAUUACCAGCUCUCUGUCUUCUCCACAUCUCUUCCAUUCACACACACUCGCAGCGCAGACAAACCUACACGCGCGCGCUCCCACGGCCGCAGCGCAAAAGCGAGCGAGCGAGAGGGACACCGCACGUCCAUGGCGCCUCUCCUCCUGCUCUUCCUCCUCGGCGGCCUCUGCGCCCUCUUCACCCUCGCCUCCUCUUCCUCGAGGACCGCCAAGAAGUGCUGCGACGGCGACCAGGCCAAGAGCCACGUGGUGGAGCAAGAAAAGCCGGCCAAGACGGAACAGACCGAGAAGAAGGCGCGGACUGACCCAGAGGCCGACCUGGGGAUCGUCUUCUCCACGUUCGACCACGACGGCGACGGCUUCAUCACGGCGGUGGAGCUGGAGGAGUCGCUGAAGCGGCUCGGCAUCGCCGUCUCCGCCGCCGAGGCCGCCGCCAUGGUGGCCCGCGUCGACGCCAACAGCGACGGCCUCAUCGACAUCCACGAGUUCCGCGAGCUCUACGACUCCAUCCCCAAGAAGCGGAAGCACCUGCUCCCUCUCUCCGCGGGAGGCGACGGCGCGGAGGAAGGCGACGAGGAGGAGGAGGAGGAGAUGGACCUGAAGGAGGCGUUCGACGUGUUCGACGGCAACAAGGAUGGGCUCAUCUCCGCCGAGGAGCUCGGCACCGUGCUGGGCUCGCUCGGCCUGCGCGGCCGCACCGCCGCCGCCGAGUGCCGCGACAUGAUACGCCUCGUCGACAGCGACGGCGACGGCAUGGUCAACUUCGAGGAGUUCAAGCGCAUGAUGACCGUCGUCAAGGCGUAACUGCCUCCCCCACUUCUUCUUCCUCCUCCUCCUUCCUCACGGAUCACAUACCAGCCAGCGCAACAAAGGAUCGAGAUUUUUGUUCUUGGAUUUGCAAUUCCGAGCAACUCUGAUUUGUUCUUGGAUUGGGUCGGAAGAGACGACUCGACAGCUAAUCUGUUAACACCCCUAAGGCGCGCUUGUUUGUGGGAGGGGAUUGGAAGCUAAAUCAGCUUCUUGCUCUCUGUUUCCUCCUCCCCUGUUCUUCCUCUUCUCCCCCCUCUUGCAGUCUAAUUAGUUCCUACUGUCUACUGACAAGUACUCUACUAUCAAGUAUUCAUGUAAAUAUUAUUCUUGGUUACUGUCUGCUGGUGAAUGAAAAUCUCAAUUGAUAAGAA